UGUACACUGUACACCUUGUUUUACAGUUGUACACAGUUUAAUAAAAAUAAAAAGAUCAGUAGUGUAUGGAAACCUUACAUGAAAAUUUUAAGAAUGUUAUCUAUACUAAGUUUGCCUGAUCCUUAUGAAGAAGUCUAGUUAUGAGAGCGAGAAAUAUUUUGAAUUUGACCCUCAUCAGCGGGUGUCUCUUAUUAGCGGGGGUUUCCCUGUCAUUAAUGUCUCCCUUCUACCCAACAGAAGCAUUAACAAAGGGGGUAACUGUUACCCAAUCUGGUUUCGUAAUAGGAUCAGUAUUUAUCUCCACCAUUUUAUUUACUCCCAUAUGCGGGAAAUAUAUAGAGUUACUCGGAGCAAGAAAUUUUCUUUUAGUUGGCUCUUUUAUUGUCGCAAUUGGAAAUAUAGCAUUUGGAUUUCUCAGUGAGAUAAAUAACAGUAAAGUAUUCUUCUGGUCCUCCAUCCUUAUCCGCGUCAUCAUUGCUAUUGGAGAAUCCGCAAUGACCCCGGCAUGUUACGCUCUUGCGUCACAGCAGCUUGGUGAACGCCAUCAGGGUAAGGCAAUAUCGUUAGCUGAGGCAUGCUUUGGUGUUGGGACAAUGUUUGGUCCAUCUAUUGGAGGAUUUUUAUAUCAAAUUGGAGGGUUUUCUCUUCCAUUUUGGAUUGCAGGAGGUGUACUAUUUCUCAUAAACAUGUCAGCAAUUAUUUGCUUGGAGGAUAAAUCUGAUAUGUACACUCGACUAGAGGAGGAGGAGGGAAUCACAUGGAAACAGGUUCUAUGUGCACCUGGAGUAGGAGUAAGCCUGUUCGGUCUUGCAUUUGCGGGAAGCGCUUGGUCUUGGUAUUCUGCUACGCUGGAACCUUUUCUAGAUUCUGCAUACGGGUUGGAUCCUGCACAGACUGGAUUAGUUUUUACAGCUUUCGGAGCUACCUACACUUUAUUCACACCCAUGUUUGGAUUCUUAGCGGAUAAGGGAAUGAACGGCAUCUCAGCUUUAAUACUCGGCAACAGUAUCAUAGGUGUUGGAUUGUUGUUUUUGGGUCCAAUCCCACCCUUCUUCGGUAUAUCAGGAAAUCUAUGGUUGUCUGUCCUAUCCAUUGGAGUUCAAGGUUUAGGUUCAGCGGCAACUUAUCUAGGUUCUCUUCUCAUUAUGAUGAAGGGAGUAAAGGAUGCAGGACUACCAGACACGGAGCAGGUUAAGACUAUGGUAUCAAGUCUAUGGAUUGUAGCAGAUUGUGCAGGGGGAUAUGCUGGUUCUACUCUAGGAAGCAUUGCUUAUGACAAUGUCGGAUUUGAAUACGGAACCUUGAUUGAAGCUGGAGCUCUUGUAUUUACAGUUCUAGUGAUGGGAAGCCUGGCUUUCUCCGGGUAUACAACGUGUAGGAAACCUUCAACAGAGACUCAAGAGAAGGAAAAGUCCGAGAAAAGACGACUUAUUCAAGAGUACGAGAAAAAUGGCAGGACUUACGGAUCAUAAUAUUUUUUUGAGAUUUCCGUAAGAAAUACAUUUUUCACACUAGAUAAUUGUUUACAGUGAGACUUCCGAGCUGGCUAAUUUCUAACCGUUUGUAAAAUAAUUGUCAUAAAAUUGAUUAAAAGCUACAUGAUAA